AUGAAAUACAUUACUUGUAGAAUAAAAUUUUAUGUUUUUAAGAGAUAAACAAAGGCGCAAAAAAUUAAAAGAAUUUUUAAAUCUUUAUUAUUAAAUCCAGAACCAAGUAACAUUUUUUUUGUUUAUUGACUUAGUGUUUAGGCUCCCCAACUAUUAAGAUCAAAAUAGACCAUCAGAAAAUGGACUUCAUAUUGCUGAUUUAGAAGAUGGAAUUACAGAAGAAUAAUUAUAUGUAGAGUUUCGAAAAUUUGGAUAGAUUACCUUUGUUAAAUUACAUAGGUAUAUAAUCUAACUAUAAUUAGAUUUCCAUUCAUUGGAAAAUCAAAGCAUUUUGCUUUCAUCUAUUUCUCAACAUAGGAAGAAGCAAGAAAGGCAAAAGAAGCCAUGAAUUACAAAUAGCUUCUUAGAGAGCCUAUGCGUAUUACCUAUAUUUAGGAAUAUGAUAAAGAUGCAAAUUUAUUCUUCGCAGGAUUUGAGUUGAAUAUAACACUCCAAUAGCUUGAAUAAUUCUUUAGCAAAUGGGGACAAGUAGUAAGUGUCAAAUUAUCAGUUGAUCAAAAUAAGAAGAGUAGAGGUAUAUUGAAAUUCUUAAAUAAAUUCAGGUUAUGGUUGGGUAUAAUAUGAGAGGAAAGAGCAAGCAAAUAAUUUAUUGACUGAGAGUUAAUAAAAUGAAGGAAAGGUUUAAUAUAAUGAGAAGACAUAAAUUAUUGUGAAGCGAUUUGUAAAGAAGGGUACAAAUGAACGUGAAGAUAAGAGAAGUAACUUAUAUAUUAAGAACUUCUGGACUUCAUUGGAUACAUUUGAUUUGGAAAACAAUUAAGUUAGAGAAUAAUUGGUAUAUAUUAAUGAAUUAUAUAUGAAAAGGAAGGUGAAAUGCGUGCAAAAUUGAAUGAAUGGUUCAGCACUUAUGGUUCAAUAAUUAGUAUUUUGGUUAAAAUUGAUAUCGAACGUAAAGCUCCAUUUGCAUUUGUGAGUUUCAGUAGACAUCAAGAUGCUAAAGAAGCUUAAAAAACAUUAGGUACUACCUUAGGAACAAAUGCAUAAAAGGAUCCAUUAAAUACUGGAAGAAAGAUGUAUGUAGGAUGGGCAUAAACAAAAACGGAUAGAAAAUAAUUAAGAGAUAAUAAUUUCUAUUCAAAAUAUAUUUAUGCUGAUCAUUUAAAUAGAAAUGUUACAGAAGAUAUGAUUAGAUAAACAUUAAAAGAUGCUGGUUAUGGUGAUAUUUGCAUGGUAUUAUUCAAUUAUAUUUUAUAUUAGAUUAGAUUGGAAAAGAUGUAAUAAGGAUUCUAAUAAAUCAUUAGAAUUGGAUAUAUUGUAUUUGAUCAAGCUUCAGAUGCUAAUAAAUUGAUCAAAUCAUUCAAAGAGAAUGAAAAGUUUGAUGAAAUAAAGAAACUAUUUGAUCAAAAUGUAGAAUAAGCUGGUGGCAAAUACUUUCAACAUCUUUUCCCUCAAUUAUCCUAAUAAAGAGGAUAAAGAAGACCUAAUUAAAGAUAAUCUCCAACAAGAAGAAUGUAUCAAAUGCCUCCAGGUCCACCAUAAUAUGGUCCUAGAAUGCCAUUCCCAUUCCCUAUGUAAUAAAGAGUUCCAGGGGGUGGAAUGAGAAGACCCUAUUAAUAAUAAUUCCCAAAUCCUAUGAGACAAGCACCCUUACUUCCUCCUCCUGUACAAUAGAUAAGUGAGUUGGCUCCAGUUUAAGCUGUUGCCUUCGAUAAGAGAUAAGAUUUAGUUGAAUUAUUGGCUAAUUUAGAAGCUUUCAAGGCCAAACCUGAGAAUGAACAAGUCAAAUAAUUAUAGUAAUUCUUUUAUUUUUAUAAUUUCUAGAAUGAUGUUGUAUUAUAGAAUCAAAGCAAAACUAUACUAAGAUACAGAAGGUCAAUGGAAGAAAGUAAGUGAAGUGCUUUCAGAUCCUUCCAAUUAUACCAUAGAUGAAAUACUCGAUAUGAUUAAGAAUGAAGAUCAAUUUAAUGAAUUAGUAGAUGAUGCUGUUGCUCAAUUAAAAGAAGAAGCAGGUGAUACUGUUGCUCAAUAAUAAAAUUAAUAAGAUUGGUGA